AUGGCAUGUCCUAUUGGGCUAUUUGUAAGACAUUUAUCUAAUGACACACUAUUUUGGGGUUGUACAGCAAGCCGACUCUCCGAAGCAGCUCCAGCAAACGUAUUAGGCAGAGCAGUAGGAGCAGCGCCUAGCAGAACCGAGGCGACAGCUCGUAUUUCAAGCAGGCCACAAGAGGAUCAUGCUUUAAAGCGGCAGCAGUUAGGUGGCGAUAUCGGGCUCUUGGCCAGUGACUCAUCUACAGAGACAGGCCCGGCUCAGGGUGUCUUGGAUGGGCAGCGCGACGAAACUUCCAUUCGCGAAUUGAAUAGCAUGGAGACUCCACAGCUGCAAGCCCAAGAAGAAUCAGAAGCGGCUAGCAGUGAAGCGAACAAAGACAGAUUGCCGACAGUGUGCAGCCAGGUGUGCAAGAAUGAGUGGCGUGGGGAUGGAUGGUGCGACUCCGCUUGCAACUCGGAGGCCUGCGGCUUCGAUGACGGAGACUGCAAUGGGUGGUGCUCGGGAGACUGCAAACCUUCUUGGAACGGCGACGGCUUUUGUGACGCUGCUUGCUAUGUGGCAGCGUGCGACUGGGAUGGAGGAGACUGUGAAGGUUGGAGAAGCCAAGGGGUGCCUGCAGUUGAGCUCCAAGUACUACAGCAGAAGCAGAGGCAAAUAAGACAAAAUCGGCUUCAGCUACCGAAAUGCACGUGCGAACGGCGGUUGCUAGUGAACGGAACCUGCAAUUCAGAGUGCAAUAAUCCUGAUUGCCUCUUUGAUGGCGGCGAAUGCCUGGAGAUGUGCAACGCAAAAUGCUCCAAGUCUUGGCUGGGUGAUGGAGACUGUGACCGCGAUUGUGACACUCUUGAAUGCGGCUACGACAAAGGCGACUGCACCAGCAGUACCAACGUCAGACUGAAUGCCUUUCGAGAGGCCAAUGGUAGUGAAGGAGAAGUGUGCAACUCUACCUGCCGCUUAUGGAUGGUUGGCAACAGCGUCUGUGACAGCCAGUGCAACAAUACUGCUUGCAGAUUUGACGGCGGGGACUGCGACAAUGUCACCGCUGUAAUAGAAUUAGAUUAUUCCGCAAAGCCAGAAGUUUAUCAAUUUUGCGUCAAAGAGUGGAUCGGUGAUGGGCAUUGCGACCCCAAUUGCUACAACAAGCCAAGCAACUGGGACGGCGGUGACUGCGAGGGCACGCCCCUGGAGAAGGAAAAAGAACAGAAGGGAAUAGGGCCUAAUUUCAAUAGCUAA